CCAUCUAUGGACCAAAUCAAUCCCUUAAUCUCCCCUCUAGUGGACGAUUUCAUUGAUUUGUGGCACCAUGGAGUCCAUUAUACCACAACACCCUGCCAUCCAGCAGGAAAGAGCUGCAAAUGUGCGAUUAUCCCUCUCGUAUGCGACAUUCUUGCUGCACGCCAGAUGGCUGGUUUUGCCAGCCAUCAUCAUCAAUUUUUUUGUUCUUUCUGCCAUCUGAAACGCUCUGACAUUGAAAAUGUCAAUUGGUGGACCUGGCCUGCACGCACGUUAGAUCACCAUCGUCAUCAUGCACAAAAGUGGAGACUGGCGCACAGCGAAGAUGAGCGCACGAAGAUCUAUGACGGGACUGGUGUAAGAUGGUCGGAGCUUCUCCGUUUACCUUACUGGGACCCCAUCCGCUACACGGCACUCGAUCCCAUGCACGCGCUCUUCCUCAAUGCCUUCGGGACUCACAUCGAGAAAAUUUGGGGUAUCAGU